CAGAUAUCCGAAGUUUGGAUAAUUCCCCUCACCAUCUGCGGCUACCUGACGGGCAUCGGCCUCAUCCUGCUCUGGUACGAGUGGCAUCCGGGGCUCAAGCCACGAGAUGUGACGCAGCGCUCGCUGAUCUACGUCUGCCUGGGACUGCUGGGCACCACGAUGAUCUUCAGUCGCUCUGUGCGCUGCAUACUGACCCUCGCAUUGCCUUCGCUGGGCAGCAGUCGAGGCCGCGCUCUGCUCAUCGCCUUGGCCUUCUUCUUGGCCGCCCGCGGACCCAUUGCCAACAUCGUGGCCAACCUGAUGGCGCUGCUGCGCAGCUUGGCCUGCGGCCAGGAGCUGCUGCGCCAGGCACUGGGCCACAUGAUCGACAUGUUUAAGGAGCCGGUGCGAGCCGUCCAAAUGGCCAUCGAGCAGCUGCUGGACGAGCUGCGUCGCGUGAUGCGCCAGCUGCUGGAUCUGCUGGUGCGCAUUCAAAGUUAUCUCAUGGUUAUCGUUGAUACCUUCAAGGCCUGCGCUGACUGGCUCAAGGCCAUCCUGGAGCUGUGCAACUCGGAGCUGGGCACGCCCUGGACGCGUUGCCAGACGGCGGCCAAGCGGGCGAUGCUCAAGUGCCGCGCUCGCCUCGGCUUCCUGAAGGCCCUCUGCUACGCCACGAAAAUCUUUCUGGCCCUUUGCUAUCCUGCCAAGCUGGUGGAUGUGUUUUGCGCAGGCGUCUGGGAUGGCAGCUGGGAGAUCGUGGACACCAUACUAGAGCGCUACUACGAAUUCGUCGCACAGCUGGAAGAAAUGUUCGACGUGAGCAUCAGCUUCGAGCACCAAUUCCACUUCCAGACGAAUGCAUCCAGGAAUCUCUCGGAUGUGGGCGACGAGAUCAUUGAGGACAUUAAAGUGCGCAUGCGUCCUUUUAUGGUCUUCGACAGCUGGCUGGAUUUUCUCUGCUGGAUCAUGGUGCUUAGCAUAUUUAUAAAAUCGAUCUACUUCUAUCUGCGCUACAUGCACAGUCUGAGCUAUCAAAACAGAUUUCUGACCCGCUCGCUCUAUGCCAUCGAUGCCAAGUGCCGGGAGAGGGGCGCACCGACAGUCAUGCCACUGCAGGGCCUGGAGCACUUAAAGUACCGCAAGCUGGGCAGCAUUCGGCUGACUGCCUUGGAGUCUGUGCGGCUGGCCGAGAAUGCGACCCUGAUGCUCAACACGUGCCUGCAGCUGGGCAUCAUUUGCCUGGCGGACUACGGCGUCUUCUGGCUGCUGGACAUGAUCACGUACUACGGCGAGGAGCAGGACGACAUCGAGAUACCGCCCUUUCUGGACGUGCAGGUCGAGGGCGGCGGCUUCGUGGGCGAUGUGAUGCGGGGCGUGGCCAAUGCCUUCCGGCCGAUGUCCCAGCUGCCGCGCGUCAACUCGAAGAGCUGCCUGCCCGAACCCGUGGAGCCGGACUUCAGAUACUAUAUAGCCAUCUUGUUGCUCUGCCUGCUCGCCUGGUUCAUUGUCUUCGCGGAGCCAUAUCUGCUGCGCCUGCGCCAUGCGAUCAUGCAGCACUACUAUCCGGAGCGAGCCCAUGUCCGAGCGGUCUACCUGCACAACAAGAUCAUUGCGGAGAGAGUCAGCUUCCUCAAGAAGAUGCGUCGCAAGAUAAGAGCCACGUUUAUGUAUCAAAACUCGGACUGCUACAGCUGUUGCUGGAGUUGGAUAAGAAACAAAUUAUGCUGGUGUUGCUGCUGCCUCUGCCUCUCGGGUGGUCCCCGCCAGGAGUCGUGCAUACUGUGCGCCCAGCUGUUGAGCUCCUCGAACCGCGUGCACUGCGACACGCCCAACUGCCGGGGCCUCUACUGCCAGCGCUGCUACAGCGAGUCCAAGCACAAGUGCUGCCUCUGCAGGCGACCCAUCGACUAUGGCGAUCACAGCGACAUCUCCGAGCUUCAAGACUCCUCCGAUGAUGCCAACACGGAAUCCUAUGGCGAAAUGCGAAAGAGGAUAUACUGUGCCAAGUACCGCAGGCAAAAGGACAAUAAGAAGCCAUGA